CGACGGUACGGUUGGGGACAUAAAGGUUGUUACUUUCGACUCAUCAGUCUCGGCUGCGAAUUAUCGUUAAACAUCGAGCACUUAUGGAAAGUAUUAGCGAAGAACUACGUAUGUAUACUAAAGGAAAGUCUUCUGUUAAAUUUACUACCAUUCUCCCGGGUUUAGUGACUACCAAUUUGACCAAAAACAUUAGGCUAAGAUUUCCAAGUCUGUUUGGACCUUAUUCACCGCGGGAAGCUGCUUCUUUGAUUAUCGAUGCACAGAGACGAGGUUUCAGAGAAAAGAUUUUUCCUUCAUUCUGGCUGCCGGUAUCCUCGAUUAUAAGACUUCUUCCUGACAAGGCACAAAUGUGUUUAGUAGACUUUUUUGAUGUUGAUGCCGUUGCAGACAAUUGAAUAAUACCGGACUUACUAGUAAGCUUCUUCGCAAGCAUUGAAAUGUUCUCCAGAAUGUGUAUUUAGUAUUUAUUAUAAGUAGAGAACGUAGUGGCGAGGUUUAAAUCGAUUGCGCUAGUAGUUGCUUUUGUUUGCCGUUCAAUUAUUGCACGAUAAAAAAUUUGUGUUUGUGUUAAGACCGUAUCUUAUUUAACUUGUUUUGUUAAAUUUCUAAUACAAACCCAUGUGUUAAUUCUACAUAUUAAAUGCACAACUUAAUUCUC